AUGGCCAUCACACCGACCCAAUUCGCGAAGACAACCCGGCAGUCGGCCAACUGGAACGACGCAAAGCGCCGGGUUCUCUCCACGUACAGAGAAUGGAUUCGUGCUGCGCCCGAGAUCCAGACGAUGUACAACGUUCCCCUGCCCGUGUCCGUCAUUCGCACCCGGAUGCGCGAGGAGUUUGAGCGCCACAGAUUCGCCAACAAGCUGCCCGUGGUGGACGUUCUUCUCUUCAAGAGCCACGCCGAAUACCAGGUAUGGAACCGACCGGCCCCGCCCAACGAAGGAUAG